UUUUCUAUACAAAAUAUGAGAAAUUUAUUAAAUUCUUUAUCAAAUUAUUUAUCAUUUCAUUCAAUUAUUCUUAAAUAUUCAUUAAAUGAUAUUAUUAUAUUAAAUAGUUCACAAUUAUCAAAAUUAAUUCAUCCAUCAAUAUCAGUUCUUAUUAUUGAUUUAAAUACAAUGACUACAACAGAUUGUCAUCCUAUGUUAGAUAAGAUUCGCGAUCAUCUCUCUUGGAUCGAUACUCGACAAAAUCAACAAAUCGAUUUUGAUAAUGAAACAAAUGAAGAAUGGUCGAAUUUAAUUCAAUCAUUAAAUCAUACAACUGUUUUUGGUUAUAUUCUUGGAUAUCCAUUUAUUUAUUUUUAUUCAUCAACAUUACUAUUGAAUGUGACUACAUUAAGAAAUUUUCGUUUAUAUAUUAAAAUAAAUGAUUAUAAUAAUGAAAUUUUACUUUAUUCAUUUUCAUGUCCUAUUCAUUCAAAUAUAGAUCAAAAACAAAUUGAAUCUACUAUAAAUAAUUUCUUUUCAUUAUUAUCUAUAAAAAUGAAUUCAAAUCCGAUGAUAAAAAGUUAUCAUCUAGAUAAUCAAAUUAAAGAACAAUCAACCUGGUGUCUCUGA